AUGGAGUUCAUGAAUUGGAGCGGCUUCGCCUAUGGCCCAUGGGCGGGGCCAAACCUGUCGAACGGCAGCAGCGCGAGCUUCGUGGGCUCCGUCUGCACGGACAGCUCGGGCCCAGGCACCGCCCGAGGAGCUGCGAGCGCGGCUGGGGCGGCCGCGGCCGCAGCGGCGCUGGCGGCCGCCGUGGCGGCGGCGCGGGCAGCGGCCGAGGCUGCAGACGGCGAAGUCCUACAGAGUCGACGCAGCCGAGGCCGACGGGAGCCGCACCGGAGGCUGCCGCAGCUGCAGCGCCCGCAGCGCCAGCGCAGCCGCGGCCACGAUGACUGGAACGCCAGCAUGGCGCAGAGCCAUCGGCUGUGGAGCAUCGGCAGCGGCACCGCGCUCUCGUCUACUCCGCGGGUGCGCGGGCGCCGCGCGGACGGCUCGCGCAUGGUGGGCCUCCGCGAGGAGUGCAGCGGCGGCGCGUCUGGCCGCCAGGUGGGCGUCAACUGCGACGUGUUCCGGCCAGGCAGGCAGGCGCCCGACGAGGGGCGCUUCCGCAUCUCCGUGGAGUGCGCAGCUUCGGUCUCGGUCGAGUUCGCGGGCGGCCGCGGCGCGGAGGACCAGGGCCAGAGGCUUUCGACGCUGCUGGAGACCCUGUGCGGGGGGGAGCAGGUCCUGAGCCGCCGAGCGCUCUGCGUGGCGCCCGGGGCGUUCGCCUGGGAGGUGCGGGCGGACGUGCUCGUGCUGAGCUCUGGCGGCAACCUGCUUGACUCGGCCAGCCUCGCGCUCUGCGCUGCGCUUGCCGGCACGCUGCUGCCCAGGGUGGAGGUCGUGGAGGCCGCGGAGGAGGGCGAGCAGAUGCAGCUGACGGUCGACGACAGGCCGGAGGUGGGCACGCCGGUGCCGCUGAGCAGGUGGCCCCUGUGCGUGACCGUCGCCCAG